AUGUACCUCCUUCCCCUCCUCGGAUAUACUGGCCUCAUCCUAGGCUUUGGAUUUCUUACCCUCUCCAUUGCCUCUGGACUCUAUUAUCUAUCCGAACUCGUCGAAGAACAUUCUGUCUUUAGCGCGAAGUUGCUCAAGCGUCUGAUUUACGCCGUGGUAGUUGUACAACUUCUUUUGUGGUUAGUCGAUGGAUUUCCCUGGCAUCUGACACUGCUGGGUAUUGCUAGUCACGGAGUGUACUCAACAAAUUUACGACACUUCCCAAUCGUCAAAUUAUCCGACCCUUUCUUCCUCACGAGCUGCGGAUUGGUCAUGCUCAAUCAUUGGCUAUGGUUCAGACAUUUCAGUACGCCUGCGGGAUACAAAGGAGCUCCACCAAGCAGUAGAAGGGAUUGGUACUCGACUCCAGUACAUGAUCAACCCACCUUCACCGAAAUCGCAUCAUAUUUUGGCUUGUGCGUAUGGUUGGUCCCAUUUGCACUAUUCAUCAGUUUAAGCGCAGGAGAGAACGUCCUGCCCAGUAUGGGUUCAGAAUAUGCCACUGGUGAACGAGAAGGGGUCGGGUUCAAGAAAGGUCACAGGAGGAAAAAUACCGGAAUGGCAAAAGCAGCCGUCCAUGGCGUAAGAGAAUGGUUCACCGAGACCGGGGCAGUCAUGGGUCUUUGGCAAGCAGACAAUGUUCGGCCAGUACGAGGCUUUGAUUGA